AUUUCAGACAGUAAGAUCGUUCCUGCGUUGUUAAUAAGUUACUAUCAUCUGCCUGCUCAUUCAAAACAUUGCUUUGUUUAUUGUUCAUUGUAUCCCAAAGAUUAUAAACUUGAUAAAGAUGAAUUAAUCUUACUGUGGAUGGCUGAAGAUCUUUUACAACCACCAAGCAGGGGACAGACUCUAGAAGAAGUUGGUUGUGAGUGUUUUGAGGGCUUGGUUUCAAGACUAUUCUUCAAGCAGGUCGAGAACGAUGACGAGAAGUAUUUUCUGAUGCAUGACUUGGCAACUUUUCUUGCUGGAGAUCUUUAUUGUAAAUUUGGUGAAAAAGAAGCGAUGAGUAUUCUAACUCGUCAUUUGUCAUACAAUCAUUCAAUCCCUGAGAAAAUAUGCUCCUCUAGUAAAAUAGAAUCUUUGAGGACAGUAUUGUAUAUCAAUGAUUGGUCUUAUUACGAGAAAGCACCCGCAACGUAACCAUGUGACUUAUUGUCAAAGAAUAAAUACUUGAGAGUUUUAUCCUUUGGUAGACUUGAUAUAUUUCCUGAUUCAAUAGAUAAAUUGAUCCAACUGCGCUAUUUGGAUCUUUCUUGGAGUGAUAUUGAGGUAUUGCCCGAGUCAUUGUGCAAGUUGUGUAAUUUACAAACGUUAAAGCUAAAAAAUUGUUUUUCCCUAACUAUGCUGCCUAAUGGCAUGUGUAAGCUUGUGAAUUUGCGGCAUCUUGAUAUCAGGGGUACUCCCCUGAAAGAAAUGCCCAAAGGAAUCAGCAAAUUAAAACAGUUGCACAUUUUAAGCAAGUUUGUAGUGGGAAAGAAAGAAGACAAUGGAAUCCAAGAGCUAGGAGGGCUUUUAAAUCUUCAUGGAUCACUUGAGAUUGAGAGAUUGGAGAAUGUGGUUGAUGCCAAUGAAGCAAGGAGUGCAAGGAUAAUAGAUAAGAAGCACAUUGAAGAGUUAUUGUUGAAAUGGUCUCUGUCUUCAGGUGAUGAUAUGGUUUCAAACACUCAUACUGAUGAACAAGAUAUACUCCACGGCUUGCAACCACACACUGGCUUGAAAGAUUGACUGUUAAUAGAUACAAAGGUAAAAUAUUUUCAGACUGGAUCGGGCAUUCUUCCUACAACAAUAUCACAAAUGUAUCUCUGUAUUCUUGCAAGAAUUGCUGCAUGCUGCCUUCACUUGGACAGCUGCCAUCUUUGAAGUCCCUGAGCAUCAAAGGUUUUUAUCAACUGAAGAGCAUUGGCAAGGAGUUUUACAAGAAUGAAGGCCAUCAACAUUCUAAGCCUAUUGCACCGUUUCCCUCACUGGAGAGUUUGCAGUUUGAUAACAUGCCAUGUUGGGAGGAGUGGCACUUACCUGACUCAGAAGCCUUUCUUCAGCUUAAGAGCCUUCAAAUAAGAGAUUGUCGAAUGUUAAAGGGAGAUAUGGUUAAUCAGGUAUUAAUGAGAAUCGUUUCUUCCUCAUCGGAUGUUUCCAAAGUGCGCCAACUGAAAAUACAAGAUGGUCAUCAGGGAUGGGAUAAAGAGAUGAGACUAUAUGGGAAUAGUUUAUCAAUUAGUGGAUUUGAAUAUGUGGUGGAGUAUGCAUUUAAGGCAAGGAUCAUUCACCAUCUAACUUCCCUCCAAGAAAUAGAAAUCUCAUGGUGUUCAUCUGUUGUAUCCUUGGGGGGCAAUUGUUUACCCAAAUCUUUGCAAAAGCUCCAAAUCUCUAAUUGCCGCCAAAUUGAAUUACUCCAGCAACAACACAAGUAUGAUUUGGUAGAUCUACAAAUAUAUCAAAGUUGUGAUUCACUGACCUCAUUGUCGUUGGAUGCCUUUCCCAAUCUCAAGAAUCUGGAGAUAAAAGAGUGUUCAAAUCUGGAAUCAGUUUCAAUGUCACAGCCACCACACGCUGCUCUUCAACGUCUCACCAUCAGUCAAUGCUCCAAAUUUGUGUCAUUGCCAUCUGACAUGAAUAGUCUUCUUCCAAAUUUACACACUCUGGCCAUACGAGGUUGCCCAAACAUUUGUAGGUGGCCAGAGGGUGGUUUGCCGGCUAACCUGAAAGAGCUUAUUGCAGGAGAAUGCGAGGAACACGUAAGGGGUGUAUCAUGGUUGGGCAACUUGGACAACCUCACUCAUCUCACCAUUUCUGGUCUUUGGUGUGAGAGCAUAAAGUUAUACCCAGAGGUGGGUUCGAUGCCUCGCCUUCCCUCCCUCACCACUCUACAUAUCCAUGACUUUUAUGAUCUGGAGACAUUGGAGUGCAACCAGCUUCUCCGCCUCACCUCCCUCCAACAACUACACAUUUCAUACUGUCCAAAGCUGAAGAAUAUGGAAGGAGAAAAGCUGCCUCCCUCUCUCUUACUACUUCAAAUUGACUACUGUGAUUUGCUGGGCGAACACUGCAAGAACAAGCAUCAACAAAUUUGGUCCAAAAUUUCCCACAUCCCCACCAUUAAACUCAAUCGCAGACAUAUUUUCUGA